AUGGCGGAUACUAAGGUUAUGGAAGAACUCGCAACUCGUCUUGGCAUGGCGGAGGAAGAGACGACGAGCCUCAGUGAACAAGUCUUACAAGAUCAAGAAACGCACUAUUCUGAGACCGUGCAGCAGCUGCAACGCAGUGCACAACAGCUAGUUGAAGACAAUGAGUUUUUGUUUGAAAUGGUGGAUCCAAGUGCCGAAAUUGAUCCAAAAAUUGUGUCUACGCACAUCCAAGAGGUUUCUCAGCUCUUAGAGCGAUUGAAAAAUACACAUCUGGAGCAGGAAAUGCUGGAUAAUUUCCUGCGAUAUACACUUCCAUCGGGAAAUUUGUUGCAGCAGAUAGAAACAGUGCAGGACGAACGAUACGUUUUGCUGGAGAAAGAUGUGGCACACUUGCAAGAUGAGGUUAUCACCCAGCUGGAUUCGGAAGUGGACCAGCUGAGAGAAGAAAUAGGCCAUACCAGCCAGAAAAUAGCAGACCAACGCGAGGUAGUGAAUGAACUGUGCCUCAACACUGGAGAGCUGGUAGAUGAGUGUCACUUGCUGUUGGAAGAAUUGGAGAGAUAUAAUGAUACUGCAAAAACUGCUAGUCUCGAAACGGCCGAUGGAAUACCCUCCACGGAAGCUGCGAUACAACACCUGCACUCUAUCAAAGAAACGAUCCAGGAACAACAACAUCUCGAACAACAUCUUAAGUGUUUGGAAAGGGCAAAAACGUCGCUGGACGCGAUUUUAAAUUCCUCAGAUGAACAGGCCGACGAGCAGGACUUGAAAUUGGCCAAAAGCUAUAAAGCCCAUCAGGCGCUGGUUGAUUAUUGGCGGAGUCAGUUCAUAACCAACGAAAUCCAAAAUUUAGAGAUCUUGCCAAUUUCGCACAAAAUUCAGUUUACCUACCACACGUUGGAAGUUGUCGUGCAAUUGAACGCAUUGGGGAUUUCAAAGGUGAACCUUUAUGGGGGCAACAUACCGAUAGACAGGCUGGACUUGAUUCGAAGGCGUGCUAACGAGAGGCAAUCUCGAGAGAUUCCGCUCCAUCUCCAGUUCAAAAACGUAUUGAAUAUUAUAAAGGAAAAUGCAAUAAGUGUAUAA